GGAUAUUUCGAGACUGAGUACGCGCUCUCAAUACUUCACAAUGGAAGAGACCGGAUGUUCUUCAACGGGCGUCCUCAUAUAUUGUGGAGGGUUCGAGAUGUGGGGACUCUGUUGGCGAUCAUAGGAAUACAGCCCGCCUCAGGCCCCUUGAGCGGUGGUACACGUGUCCAGUUGUUUGGGAAAAAUUUCAAUGUCAGUGAAGUCGUGAACUCCACUGCCAUGUGCUACUUUGACUCUCCAUUGUCCUCCAGUGUAGCCGUCGUAAAUUUCACUUCCAGCACCGCGGUCUGCAAUUCGACGGAACAAACAACCGCUGGCCCUGUUGCAGUAACUCUUGCCUUCAUUUCACAGCCUCCUGUGCAGAUCACCUUCGAGAAUUUUCUGUACUAUGAUUGGCCGAUCAAUCUUGUCAGCCUGUUCCCACCAUGGCUGGGCGUUCGAGAAAAGAUACCACAAUUGACGAUCAAGUAUAAGAAGAGCUUAGACUACUUGGACACUUUGGUGUGCCGGUUCGUGCAGACAGAAGCAGGCACUGCCUCACCUGACCGGCCAGAAGCUGCAAACAUCACAGGAACCGACGUUGUACCAGCUUCGCUUGGGACAGAGCUGAACACCCUUACAUGCCCUCCUCCUUCUGCCGGUCAUCUGUCAGAUGCUCUUGUCGACGUCUCCCUCAACAAAGACUCAUACACAAAUCACCCCUUACUCCUCCACUACGUAGGUAAGCAAUUGCAAUGUUGCUGUUGCUCUUCUUUCAUUUCAUACACAAAUCACCCCUUACUCCUCCACUACGUAGAUGACUUUCUACCAGUGGCAGUAGAAGACGCAUUCGUGAUUCGAGGAGGGAGAGUGAAUGUACUCGAUGUGCUCAAGAAUGAUAAAGUUGCUCACGGGGCGAUGUACAUUGAUGAGAUCCUUAAGGUGAUCUUCAACUUACAGAACAUGCGUGAAGCAACAUUUUCAUGGGUUGAUCAUUAUCAAUUUUCACUUUAGCUCCAAGAAGUAAAAAGACUAACUCAGGGAAAGAAAAACAAGAAAAAGCUAAGGAAACUAGCCCAGGAUCAC